AUGGAUGGAUAUGCAGAUGAAGAAAAGGAUAAAGACGAGUCCAUACUCUCCGAGGAUCCCACACCAGCGGAAACUACACAUCAUUCAAGCGGUGGCUUAAGUGCCAGUGCGAGUGACAGCGGCGCGGGUGCCAGCAUCGUUGCACAUGGACAUGAUAAGCAACAGUCGACACUUCUCAUAUUGGCUGCCGUUGUGGCGAUAGGCGCCGUCAUUGUAACGUCAAUUAUAGUGGCGGGCAUUGUAGUUGUGUGUAGGCAUCGACCGCGGCCACCUGAACCGCAGGAUGUGCGCAAAAGUAUGCGACCCGCCCGCAACGAUGUGCCGUCCAUGUACAUCGAGGAGGACGCGCUGAACGACGAAGAGGUGCUAGCCGGCACACGCUCCGCCGAUAUACGUGCCGCGCGCGUACUACCCUCCACGCUGGGACCACGCUGCAGUGCCAGCACAACGAGCAGCCAACAUCACUACAUCUCCGAGGGUUUCAUACAAUACGCACAGCCCAGUCUCAAUGACCCCGAUCUAAUUUUGCCACGCGGCGAAAUGGAAUUUACAACACUGGAUCCGGCGCUGAAAUAAACAACCUACCUGCAGAUGCUGUCGGAUAAACGCAAAAAUAAAAUAAUAACAGCAAAAUAGCUGCAACAAUGCAUUUUAAGGAAUUUUAGUUUUUUUUUUUUUGAUAUUUUAAGAUUUACGCUCGAAUUUUUUUAUAAAACCACAUAGCAUAACAUUAGUUAAAUAAAUUUAAGUUUUAGUGAAAUUAAGAAACAAUGUGUAGAGUAAGAAGAAAGUAUUACAAAUAAAUAUAAAUAAAAGUAAGCUGCAGAAGAAAGGAGAAAAUAAAACUCACACAGAAGCAGACUCGAAAAUUGUAAAUAACCACACAAAAAGAAUUAUACUUAAAAUCAAAUGCGAAUAAGAAAAGCGAUUUACAAAUACAAAUAAGAAACCCAAAGAGGAUAACGCAAAGUAAGCAAGUAAAUAAGUUGUGAGCCAAACCGCAUCGUUGCAUCAGAAGACUUUAGUUUGAAAUUUAGCAAGUGUGUAUUUCAGAAUCUACAAACAACAUAAAUACAUCAUAAUAACGGUAGCAAAAUUAAACUGACUAAUAGAAAACACUCACUCAAUAUACAAUUCUCUAUAUUUUAUAGCAAAUGCUGGCAUUAGUGUCCAAAAAAUAUAUUAGUUAUGGUGAAAAGACAUUGCGGAACUGAACUUAAUGUGGCAGCUGAACAUUGCGAAAAUAGGCAAACAAAAAGUAAACAUUAAUGUUAUCCAAAUAAUAAAUAAAUUAAAAAUUGUUUUUUGUUAAAAAGGUACUACUUAAACAUAACGAUCUUAGAUAUUGACAAGUAUUCACAAUAUUACAUGCAUGUAUCUUGGUCUUAGCUUUUGCGAAUAAAAAAUGCAUUUCUUUUAAAUAAUUUGGCACGAAAAUUUGCGAACUACAAUAAAUUACAGAAAUGCAUUCCAAAAUACGUAUAUACAUAUGUACAUAUGUUACAACUUUUGUUUAAAAA